CUUGUUCCUUCUGUGACACUAUCUGAACCCACAGAUACUUGAUCUUUUUAUCUUUCUCUUUCAUUCUUAUUUUCACCCUACUUAUGGAAACUUCAAUUACACUUUGACCUUGUCACUCCCUUUCUUGGCAGUCCAUAUAUACUCACCCCCACAAGGCAAUUUCCACUCUCCUCUCAACUUCGUUGCAUAAAUGGCCGGAGUCAUAUAUCAUCUACAAAACAUCAAUUAAUGGCUGAAUUUGGCGUUGAACCAUCCUCAUUCUCUUCCAAUUACACAAACAACAUGGUGUUGGACUCGUCCAACAAGUCAAAAACAGAGGAACCAGAAGAGAAACGUAGGAUAAAGCGAACAAGAGAUCAGUACUUCAACAGUACUGAAAACAGAGCAUACCCAGUUUACAGAGGAGUUCGAAUGCGAAGUUGGGGAAAAUGGGUGUCUGAAAUUCGGCAACCUCGUAAGAAAUCUCGUAUUUGGCUCGGUACUUAUCCUACUCCAGAAAUGGCUGCUAGAGCACAUGAUGUCGCCGCGCUUAGUAUCAAAGGAGAAUCAGCAAUUCUUAACUUCCCUCAACUCGUUGAGUCACUUCCUCGUCCAGCUUCAGUUUCACCUACAGAUGUUCAAGCUGCUGCUGCAAAAGCCGCUGCUAUGGAAAACGUCCUAAACUCUGCUUCUUCUUCUUCAUCUUCUUCGUCUUCGGCUUUGACUUCAGUCAGUACGUCGAUGGAGACUACAGCAGCAUCAGAAGAACUGCUAGGCCAGAUCAUAGAGUUGCCGAGUUUGGAGGGGACUUUUGACUCGGACGAGUUGAAGUUGAGUGACUCCGCUGAUGGGUGGGUAUAUCCGCCAUUGCCGUGGGGGGCAUUCGACGGCGAAUUUUGUGGGUAUUCAUUUGAGCAGACUGCCAUUGGAGAGAGUUUAAUAUCUACCACAGACUGGAGAUGCUGAAUCUUGAUAGUGUUGAUCAAAGCGCUAGCAGUGUGGCCAUUGUAGCUUUAUUUUACUAUUUUCAUUUAUUUUUUGCUGUGAGUAAAAAAAAGAGUUUCUUUUCCUUUGGAUGAUAUGAUAUGCUUUGUUCAUAAUCAUAAUUCUUCUUCUUACACGUUUGUGA